GAUGGUUGGCUAUGAUCCGGAUUCCGAGUGUGCCUCCCUUUCAACUGUGCAAAUAGCAGCAGCAGGAUCCGCUUCUGGAUUGGUCACUCGGGCAAUGAUUGGCCCCUUUGAUGUGCUAAAGAUUCGGUUUCAGCUUCAGAUAGAGCAGCUUUCUUCCAAAAAUCCACAUGCGAAGUAUCAUGGUAUCUGGCAGGCUGUUGGUAAGAUUUUUCAGGAGGAAGGGCUCACCGCCUUUUGGAAAGGCCAUGUCCCCGCUCAACUUCUCUCCAUCACAUAUGGGGCUGUCCAGUUUGUGAGCUUUGAAUUUCUGACGAAGCUGGUACACCAUGGCACGCCUUAUGAUGCUCGUGACUUCGCUGUGCACUUUAUCUGUGGCGGUCUGUCUGCUUGUGCUGCUACUGUGACAGUUCAGCCUCUUGACACGCUGCGUACCCGCUUGGCUGCCCAAGGGGAACCAAAGAUUUACAGGAACCUCCGCCAUGCCGUGGUUAGCAUGUACCAGAAAGAAGGGCUGCUGACUUUCUAUAGGGGGCUGAGCCCAACCAUCAUUGCCAUUGUUCCUUAUGCCGGCUUCCAGUUUUCCUUCUAUAGUCUCCUGAAGAGGGUAUACAACUGGCUUGCUCCAAGCGAAGAGAUGAAGAAAGGUAAUGUUAAAAACUUUGUGUGCGGCAGCUGUGCUGGAGCCCUCAGCAAAACCCUGACUUAUCCCUUUGACCUGUUCAAGAAGCGUCUGCAAGUGGGCGGCUUUGAGCAAGCCCGGGUGGCCUUUGGGCAGGUUCGAACAUACACUAGCAUCACGGACUGUGCCCGGCAGAUAGUCUUGGAUGAGGGAGCCAGAGGAUUCUUCAAGGGCCUCUCCCCGAGCUUGCUGAAGGCUGCUUUCUCGACAGGCUUCACCUUUUUAUGGUAUGAGUUCUUCUGCAGUCUUCUGCAAACAAUGCAAGACUCCCGUGGUUCCAAGAAGCAAGAAGGUUAAUGCGAGCAAGAGCUGAUGCCUGCCGCCAGUGGAUGUUCCCAGAAUGCAAUUCUGUCAGGGGCAGUCAUCAUUGUUGGGGAUUGGGGGGGUGAGGCAGAGCAUAUGGGAUUGUAGAGUGGGGACCACUGACAAUUUGCCCAAGCCCAGGAUGCACAUCACUGAUUUUGUUCAAAACAGAAGCACUGGCUCACCUCAGCACUUGUUCAGGCUACCUCUUUAGUCUGCAGCUGCAACAUUAGUGUUCCUUGAUGAGGUUUCACUGCCAAGGCCUCUGAAGAUUGGUCAGUGGAGAGUUUCUCUACUCUGUGUUGCAAAGGUGUGUGUACUUUUUCUAUUGUUUUAUAACAAGAGGAUUUGAAUCAGUCCCUAGCUAACACGCCAAAAUCCCCUUUUGCGACCCUGGAAACUAGCCACCCUUCAAAUGAACCAUGUACUGACUGGUGGAUGGCAGACCCCUCCAGCGUGGCCAUUUUGCAAUGCCUGUGGUAAGCUGGGGGUCUUGAGUAGUGCUGAUGGGACAUUUGCUUAAUAGACAACUACCUGCCUUGACCAUUCAGCCCGGACAGCUGGGAGUUUACCAGGUCUUCCCCUAUAUCUGUCCUUGCCUCUUGGUUGAGGUUCUUGCAGACCUUGUAAUUUUGCAGUGUUUCAUUAGUGGUUGUGUGAAAAUUGUCCAUUGGCAAAAAACCAAACGAAACAGGAAGCUCUGCAUAGCUUUCCCUUCCGUGUUAGCAGUGCCAUUAGUGCUCAUGGUUCCUCUUGCCCUACCCGUACAUAUUUUGCUGCUUCUCCAAACUAAAAAUACAAAGAGGGCAAGCAUACCAUGGGCCUGUAAAUUAGGCAUUUACAUUUUUGCACUAUCAACUUCUCCCUUCUUACUAAAACACAUAUGCUGGAUCUAAACGCUUAAGAAGUUGUCAUCUUAAACUUUUCCAUUUUGAAUCAGAAUGAAAAAAAAGUGUUGACCAUACAAUUAUUCAAUUUAUUUUGUGAGAAGAUAACAGCUUUGAAUUAUUAUUUUAAUUAUUUUUCUCAGAUAAUGUUAUCCCCUGGUGGCUUUUUUUCAAGAAAAAGCUUCAGGAAUAACAAUUAAUACUUUUUUGCAGCAAACUCUUAACAUAUAAUAAAAAAAGAGUUGAAGAGGACCAUUUGCCUGGCUGAAUUUGGCCAAUUUUAUAUAUGUAGAAAGCUAC